UUACCAAAUUUUUUUCACAUGUCAAACCAAAAAAGCUUUUGUUUCUUUAAAGAGUGUUUAAGAACAGUCCAGUCCAGUCCAUGUUAGUACUCAUAAAGCAACACAUGAAAAUCUGUAUAUGUAUGUGUAAAUACAAUCAAAUCGGGGCCCCGAUUUGCUCUAUCUCCGCUAGUUUGGUCGCAAGUUUUGCAAAUUAACAAGUCAUUUCCCUAUUUUAGUCCUGCAAUUUGAAGAACAGCCCUCAACUGUUAGGUGCAGGUAUCGUUGUUGUCGUCACCCUGCUCCAGAAGUAGCUGGACACGAACUCCUUUGUGAGGUAUGUUCUUAAUGCUCCUUCAUGUUGCUCUCUGUUACUCGGGCAUGUGCUAGAAGAAGAGGACGGGAAGUGGGCUGAACCAGAACCUCCCUUCCAAAUGGGCCAGUUGGGUGGGAGAGAACUGGAAUUUGUGUCCUCCGGCGACUCGAGGAAGACGAUCCGCAAACAGUUGCAGAAACUUGAAUCUACCACCAUCUUCUUCUUCUCUCCCAUUCCAUGGAAAAAGGAAAACCUCAAAAGGCUGUGAAUGCAAUAAAGCCUGCUCGAAAGCCCUCCCAAUCUUCGUUGUUGCCGAUAUCAUCGACUCCAUCGAGGAAGAAGACACAGAUUCCGAGCUUAGUGAGUUUGUGUAUUGGAUUCAUCGGAAGGCAUUUUGACGAUAUCAUCGAGGAUUUGACUGAAAUUGCUUCUAGUUUUCCCCCUAGUAUUAAGAUAGCACUUGCAGCAGUUGCAAGGAGGAGGAAGUUGUUGGAUGAUGAUGUCAUCCUGGCAUUAGCUGAUAGUUCAUGGGAAAUCCUCGAUAUAUCUGGAUCUGAUGUUUCUGAUUUUGGCCUCUCGGAAGUGGUAAAGACUUGCAAAUAUCUAAAAGCAGUAGAUAUAAGUUGGUGCAGCAAAGUCACAUGGACUGGUGUUUCUGAACUCUUGCAUCAUAGUCAGUCUCUGGAAAUAUUGAGAUGGGGAGGGUGCUCAAGGAGUGAGGACACUGCACGCCGAUGCUUGUGUAUGCUGAAACCAAGCCUCAAAGAUGUAGAGGGAGAGUCUUGGGAGGAGGUUGACGCUUCAGAGUUAGCUCACGGUGCACAUUUAUUGCGAUGGCUAGUGUGGCCAAAGAUUGGGAAUGAUUCCAUGGAGCAUCUGCAAGUUGAAUGCCCUCGCAUCAUAGUGAACCCAAAGAACACCCUUUUUACUUUCAGGGGGCUUGAAGUUCCUCGUGAAGCAUUACCCGAUGUGUCAUUGGAUGAUCAGGUAGUUGAAGAUAUUGAACCAAAAACUUGGGAACUGUCCCCAAGGACUUCUUUCACAUUGGUUCCAAGCCAGCCCGAUGAACUGCCCAUUGCUGAGAAAUUCAGACUUGCAUACUUGGAAAGAGACAACCGGCUAGCGCCAAAGCGGGCAAAGAAUGCCCGGCAAAGGCAACACCGGGCUGAGAGGGAAUGGGUGAUGAUGAGCACAAAUGCGAAGGCGCUGGCUCUAGCCUCCCAGGCAACCAAAUCUUUGCACAUACGGAGCUAGCAAUCACUAUCGAAUACCGACUCUCUACCCGUUGGAGCAAAGGUAAGGUCUGUGUACAUUUACCUUCCCUGCACCCUGUUUCUGAUAGGGAUAUGCAUGUAUGUGUGGCUUGGUUUUAUUUACUGUUAAUUGGUCAAACUUUUUUUUUUGGUUUUUACAUACACCCUCCAUUAGGGGUGUAUACGAAUCGAAUUGAAGCAAAUAUAGCACUAUUCGAUUCGUAUUCGAUUAAAGUGAUAUGUAUUCGAAUUUGGAUUCGUAUAUAAUUCGAAUUUUAAAAAACAUUCGUAUUCGAU